AUGUCUCUCUCUGAAGAGGAGGAGGAUGCUUAUCAUCGUACUCAGGAUCAGAAAGUCAUUGAAAAUAUUGGGGAUUUUGAUCCUUCGAAGAGGAGCAUGCUUCCGACUGCUCUCGCCAUGGUGUGCCAAGAAGAGGACCGACUCGACCCCAAAUUCGGUCUUGUCCGCAACACAAGGGAUCUCCUAGGUAAUGAACCAGACCUCAAGGUCGCAUUGGAGAAAGCGUGGAUCAAGAAAGAGUUCAAGGAUAUAAGGAAUCGAGAUAUAUUACGCCUUCCGAGUCAAAUUAGAGAAACUAAAGGGAAAUCUCAGUCGCAUAAAGGUGGUCAUAUCGCGGAAUUAGACAAGAGUAGGUACUUACUGCUUCUCUACUUCAGGAAGACGCCACUUAUGUUUCUAUUACCAGUGGUCAAGUCGGCUUGGAAUAAGGAAUACACGGGGAAAAUGCACAUACUUCUCCUCGACAAUCUUAAUAUCAUAAAUUACAGCUCGAUUUACUCUGGCUUUGCAUCGAUAGUCCAGAGUUCGGGCACGGGGAAGUCGCGGAUGGUCCACGAACAGGCUAAGUUCGUCUUCACUAUCCCCUUCAAUUUGCGCAACGAGGGAUAUGAAUCAUUCGUUAAACCCUAUCCUGAGCCCGACAACAAUGUCCGCCAAUUCCUCAUCGGUUUCAAGGAGGUUUCGACAGCCAAAAUUAACAUAAUCGUUUUUCUGGGCAAAAUUUAUGACCUAGCCUCUAAACGACUUAGUUCGUUGCUAAAUGAUAGCCGAAUGAAGCGUCAAGAAAUUGCUGAGCGUUGGCACAACUACCUUCAGGUUGAAGGAAUCCGUUCAGCAUUAUAUCAAGAUGCUCUUGACGCCACAAAGGAAUACCUACACUCGGAUCCCGGGGGCGAUGUUGUGCAGGAAACGAGGAACAGGUUUACUGAACUGCUCAAAACCAUCAAGGAACAUACAGCCGAUGAAGCUCCAGAUGAUAAUCACGUGAAGGUUAUACUAUACUUUGAUGAUGCCCAAAGAUUAAUACCUUCACCUGAUAGGUGGAAGCCACAGAUCAAUGUCCUUGAAACACUACAAUCAUGUCUGGCUGGCAUGUAUACAAGGUCAAUUUUUGUCUUGUUCUUGUCGACGGUGGUGUCCAAACUACGUGAAUAUGCACCUAUUUUACACCUGCCCAAUUCCGCACGUUCUCGAGGGCCAGGUUUGCUCCAGGCACCGAUAACAGAGGUGCCGUUCGACUGCUGGCCAGGCUUCCCGAUCUGCCCUCACCUUUACAAGUUGGACGAUCUUUCGAAAAUCAGGUUUAUGGCUCGGUUUGGUAGACCCCUUUACUGGGCUCUACUGGACGAGUCGUUUCCUGAGAGCGAGGAAAUAAUGUUGGACUUGAUUCGAGCCAAGGUUGUCGGUCGCAGUGCUCCUGAAAGGCUACCGUCCGUAGGCGAGCAGCCGAAAGAAAUAAUCAUACUUUUGGAUGUUCGGCUCCUGCUUGAUUAUGAGUUAUACCGUCACACGAGUGUCCAUCACGAGGCCAACCUGGUGGCGAGGCAUAUGCGUAUGAAUUACUCUGUCCCGGAGACUCGAGACUAUCUUCGCUCUAGCUAUGCAUCCGAGCCUAUCCUGGCUGAGGCAGCCGCCAGAAAUUUGGAAAUGUAUAGCGAGGAUUUUACGGUGAUAUUGAAAGCCCUCGAAAACGGAUUUAAAAUGGGUCUGCUGGACAAGGGAGCGAUGGGUGAACUUGUCGCGCGCUUGCUCCUCGUCUUUGUGCAUGAUCGAGCUAUUAGGAAUAGUUACUCCAAACCCCUAAACUACAGUCAGGGCGUCAGGUUAAUCGACUUCCUGAAGGCAUUAUUCUCUGGGGCUUGGAUGAACGAAAUCAUGCGGUGCACUCCAGACAACGUGUCCAGUGAAGUCACGUUAAAAGACAUGUUCAAGGAGUCGUACGUUCGUUUCACGUAUUUCGGGAAGAUGGUAGACGACACUGGCACGACAACAGAGGCAAUGUAUGCUGCGUUCCUCCGGGGCAUGGCGGUCAUUACGCGAGACAAUCAGCAGGGGGUGGACAUCAUGAUUCCUAUUCUCAUGUGGGACAAAGAACUUUGCGAAUAUGUCAUGACUGCGAUACUUAUUCAAGUCAAGCGGCGCAUCUGUGCAGGAUCUAUCAACACAUACUCGAUUAACCAGCGAGACAUCAACUUAUUUCCUGACGACUGCAUUUCCAAACAAGUUCAGAAUGACGUUCGAUCCAAUCCCUACUUUGAGUUCACCUUGGAGAGGCCUAGAGAGAACUCUGGUGAGCCAGUGCGUCCUUACAUUAGUCUAAUCUUGGAGCUGGGUGUUCAGCCGAAGCUGCCCCGUGGUCCUGGCACAAACCCCCAAGUUUGCAAAAAUCUUGCCAAAAAGACUGCUCUUGGAGCAAUUCACGUCAUCAAAGGAGGGAAGAUUCGCCAUCAUCACGACCUUCAUCCCCGUUACAAUAUCUUUGCUUACGGCUGCUCAAGUACCGUUUAUAGAGACAUCGAUGGCGAAGAUAAAGAUGUCUUAGCUAAACUUCUCCGUACUCGUGAUUUCCUUGCGGACCAUCCUCGCCAGGACUCGAGAUCACUCGAAGCUGUUCGAAGAAUGAAGCCGUUUUGGAGUGCUGGAGAACCGAGUCAUCACUGGCUCGAAAGUGACCUGUUGAACCCUAAAAAUGCAAUGGAUGUUGAUGAGGAAGAUCAACUAGCUGGCUUCGUCAUUGCGGGUUCCAUGGAGGAUACUCAUGUGUCGACCUCUGACAAUGUGUUUGACCUUGACGUAGAGACUUAG